AUGGGUAGAUACGAAGAAUGGAAGAACAAGAUCUGGUUUUAUUACUUCGUUAAGUUCUCCCUAAAUGUUUAUUCUAUGCUGUUCUCGCUCCUGGGUCUGUUCGUACUGUGCGUGGGCAUCUAUGCUGAGGUGGAGAGGCAGAAGAACAGGACUCUGGAGGGGGUCUUUCUGGCACCGGCUGUGGUCCUCAUUCUCCUGGGGCUGGUGAUGUUCACUGUGUCUGUGGUGGGCAUGGUAGGCUCCCUCAGGGAUAACAAGACUCUUCUGCACAUGUUUCUGUGUGUUCUCUCAGUUUUAUUGGCUCUUCAGGCACUAGGUUUAAUCAUCGCUCUCAUCUUUGAGAAAAAGACAUCUGCAUUGUUUCAGCGUAGCAUACGGGAAGGAAUCAAACAUUACUAUGAUGAUCUGGACUUCAAAAAUAUCUUGGACUUUGUUCAAGAAAAGUUCUCUUGUUGUGGAGGAGAUGAGUAUAAGGACUGGGGAGUGAAUCAGUACCACCACUGUAAUGGUACCGGUCCACUGGCCUGCGGAGUCCCAUACACCUGCUGCGUGCGGCACCAGGUAGGAGAGGUCAUCAACACACUCUGUGGCUACAAAACUCUAACUGAACAGAGGGAAGUUUUAGAUGGCGUGAUCCACGUGCGUGGUUGUAUCCACGCUGUAAACCUGUGGAUGGCUGAUAAUAUUGCUGCUACCAUUGGGAUUUGCUGUGCAGUGGGACUUCCCCAGUUGUUAGGCAUCAUCCUGAGCUGCAUGUUCUGGAACCUUCUGGUGGAGAUGAGCGAGUCCAGCGACAUGGUGGACUUUAAGAUCCUGAAGAGAGUCGGGUUCGAGUACAGCGAUCUGGACCUGACCGGUGCCGGCUGGUGUAUGUGUCUGCCCCGAGAAGGUGGAUACUUGCGCGUACCUGUCACUGAACCUGACCCCGAACCUCAAGACUUUGAACCCAUUAAACUGGAAAUGGUCCAAUCAGACGAGCUCCCGACCGAAACUCCACCCGAAGCCCUGGAACCGGGAGCUGCAAUCGGAAUGGAUGUAGUGGACAAUCGUAUUUAG